AUGGCAGUUGACAUGGAUGUGGAAGAAUUGUUAAUCAUGGGAGAUUCUGACUUGAUUAUUCGGCAAGCUCAAGGUGAAUGGGAAACUCGGAACAUCAAGCUUAUCCCAUACAGGCAACAUGUGGAAGAUCUUAGCAAACGGUUCAAGUCUGUUGAAUUCAGGUACAUCUCUCGAUUCCACAAUGAGUUAGCUGAUGCGUUAGCUACCUUGGCAGCAAUGUUGCCGUAUUCGGGUAAUGUCCACAUUGACCCACUGGAAAUCCAAAUUCGAGAAAGACAUGGUUAUUGCAUUACAGUUGAAAUGGAACCAGAUAUUCAGCCAUG